AAAUUCUGCUAAUUAUGUGGAAUUCGUUGUUAUUUAAUUAGUUUUCAAUUCAAACCUUAACUUAUCGCUUUACUAUAAUCUUACCUACGAUUUAUGACUAUAGAUUUCCAUCGAAUUCACCUUCGAAUCUAUAAGCACUAGAAAGUCUGUUUUCCGGUUUGAAAACACAUAUUUACUACUAAUUUUGACGUGUUAGUGGUUGUGUACGGAAUACUAAAAUUGUCUCGCGCGACGGAGCGUAUUUUCGCGAUAACUGGGCCAUAAACGCCUUAAAUUUCACUAAAUUCUCAAGGUAACCGAGUUGGCAGUUGAGCAGGAUGAACAGCUUCCUAUCCCCGCGCAUGAUGGUUGGAGCGGCUAUAGUCGGCCUUGUCGGGGCCGCCGGCAUGUUCAUUUACGAACAAGUGUAUAACGAGAAGAGGAGGGCAAUGCUGGUGAGGGAGAUGGCUCGCUUAGACAAGCAGGUCUCCUCUAUGAGAACAGAACUGGAGGCUUUGAGGGAACUUCAAAAGGAAAAUCAGCUGCGGCAGAAACAGAGGCGGCGGCCGCGGCCUAAGCCGGCCGCUAAGCCAUCAGCAGAAGGUGAUGUGGUUGACGCCAAGGAGCAGAGCUACGCUUCAGAUUCUGAAUACUUUACUGACUACCAGUCUGUAUUGGGCACAGACCAUGAGUUGGACAGUGAAGAGUUCUACGACGUACACACCGACGAAGAGGACGACACGUUGCGGGAGAGUUUACGAAACGGACACGCGCACGAACUAGAGGACGACGCGUCAGAACAGUGAGACAACAAGACACCAAGGGUCAAUUAGGAAUAUAUUUGCCAUAUUUGGGACGACACCACCGUAGAAAACUAGAUGACAUCGUGAACGCGAAACUAUACUAUAUACUCAAGUUAGAAGUUAACCAAUAAGAUGUAAAUUGGACCUUACUGUAGUUGACAUAAGGAAGGUAUUAUGUAUAUUGGCUAGAGAGUCAUUCGCAUGUAAACGUUGUCAAAUAUUAAUAGUAAUUAUGGACAAAUCGGAUUGUUUUAAUAAAAUUCGAAGAGAGUAAAAUAAAAUUGACUAAAACUAAAAAUUCAUCAUGUUCAAAUAUUAUUUCGUCUGUUAUAUUAUAUGUUUUUUCGUCUCGAUUUAUUUCAUAAUUUGUACCGUACUGAUAUAAAUAUUAUUCUUAUAAAAAAACAUUGAACAUAACGGUAAUAAUCGUACCCCGGACAGACGGGGCGGUUUAGCUAUGACAAUAGUGCAAAAGCAAAU